AUCUUGGUUCCACGUUCCCUGCACAACAUGCCUGGUGAAGCCACAGAAACCGUCCCUGCUACAGAGCAGGAGUUGCCACAGCCUCAGGCUGAGACAGGGUCUGGAACAGAAUCUGACAGUGAUGAAUCAGUACCAGAGCUAGAGGAACAAGAUUCCACACAGGCAACCACACAGCAAGCGCAGCUGGCAGCAGCAGCUGAAAUUGAUGAAGAACCAGUCAGUAAAGCAAAACAGAGUCGGAGUGAAAAGAAUGCACGGAAGGCUAUGUCCAAACUGGGUCUUCGACAAGUUACAGGGGUUACUAGAGUCACUAUCCGGAAAUCUAAGAAUAUCCUCUUUGUCAUCACAAAACCAGAUGUCUACAAGAGCCCAGCUUCAGAUACCUACAUAGUUUUUGGUGAAGCCAAGAUCGAAGAUUUAUCUCAGCAGGCACAGCUAGCAGCUGCUGAGAAAUUCAAAGUUCAAGGUGAAGCUGUUUCAAACAUUCAAGAAAACACACAGACUCCAACUGUACAAGAAGAGAGUGAAGAGGAAGAGGUGGAUGAAACAGGUGUGGAAGUUAAGGACAUAGAAUUAGUCAUGUCACAAGCAAAUGUGUCGAGAGCAAAGGCAGUCCGAGCUCUGAAGAACAACAGUAAUGAUAUUGUAAAUGCUAUUAUGGAACUAACAAUGUAACCAUCAAAACAAGGAGGACUUUUUUGGUGUUUCAAAAGAGUAACUGCAGCUUGGUUUGAAAUUUGUACUGUUUCUAUCAUUAAUAAAGUUAUGGCUUCUUGUUGGA